AGUAUGCUAAAGGACAUGGGUUUUAAGCAGUAGCUGAUGAAUAAUAGCUCAAUCUUGAGUUGAAAGUUACAGAUCUACAGAAGAAGUCAGCUGGAACAACUGGCCAAACAUUUGGUCAGUGUCAAGUAUACUGUAAUUUAAUCCACAUACGCAUUGUUCAGUGAAAAUGGGUUUGCGAGGCAUUGGCUUUCUCCUGCAGUGUUACCUGAUGUUGGCAGCUGCCAUGUAUUUUGAUCUCGGAGACCAGGAGGAAAAAUGCAUCAUUGAGGAGAUUCCUGAAGACACACUGGUCACUGGUUAUUUCUUGCUGGAGCCCUGGAAUAUCAAGAAAAUCACCUCCUCCCCUCACUUUGGCGUCACUGUGAGAGUCAGAGACCAAAACCAAGAGGUUGUGAUGACCAAACGCUUUGGUAAAUUUGGUAAAUUCACAUUCACAGCUCACGCCUCUGGUCUACAUUAUCUCUGCUUCCAAACCAACUCCACACGAUUCUCCGUUUUUACUGGAGAGAGCCUGAAGCUACAUUUGGACGUACAGAUGGGAGAGCACACAAUUGGCCACAACACUGACAAGACCAAAGACAAUAUGGCGCUUUUGGAGGACAGCCUCAGACACCUCAUAGAUCAGAUGACAUAUAUCACGAGGCAGCAGGAGUACCAGAGGGAAAAAGAGGAGGUCUUUCGUGAGAUCAGCGAGGAAACCAACAGUAAAGUGCUGUGGUGGGCCGUGGUGCAAACUUCUGUUCUGUUGUCAGUUGGUUUCUGGCAAAUGAAACGACUCAAAGACUUCUUCAUCGCCAAGAAGUUGGUCUGAUUAUGAUCUCUGACCUGUCAGCUAUACGUCUGCUGACCAUAUCUGUGCCAAUAACAUGCACAUUAGUCCACAACAUAUAUUAAAACACAUGCAACAUAAAUGCUUUCUACUCCUAUUGUCAAACAGCUGGUGGUAUGUACUUGGAUGUUGGAUUAAAUCAACAUAAUUGACAAAAUAAUGAUGGAAAAAUUGAAAAAUGGUAGAAGGGUAUGAGACAGCUUUUACAUUGUUAUUUAGUGCGCAAUGGAAAAUCUUUGUCCAAACUACAAUAGCUCUGUUUGUGGUGUGUGUUUGGACAACAAAAGUACAAAAAACAAGAUUGCAUGGACUUUGAAAUACCAUUAUGUUUACUUUAUAUACUUCUGUUGAUGAAGCAUUUUGCCCAACAAUUUAGGGUUCAUAAUGACUG